GAAGCGUGAACUGACAACGACUAGAAAAAGAAGAAGAAAAAAAAUCACCAUGAUCUACGCUGAUCUGUGAUCUCACGUCUGCGUGACGCACUCUCUCUGGUGGCUAGACACUGACAGGAGGGAACUGAUCCCACGCCUGUAAGCAGAUGAAGGUUCUGUGUUUGCCAAAAGUAAUGAGAACAAUUUCCGUUUCCCUCUUGGAUCUUGCAGGCAGCUGCUGCUCUGUCACAUACAGGCACGAGCUGUAAACACAAAGGUUCAGUCAGACCACAGGACAGUUUAGCACUUCCUCAUUGAGAGCCGGUGCAGAGUGAGCGGGUGAGCGUUUCCUGUGACGCCUCUGCAUCUCUGGUCAAUAAUUACACUCACAUCACUCUACCACUACCAAACCUCGCUGCAUGGAAGGACGCAGGCUGCAUCCCAUCCAGGGGGAAGUUCUCUGACAAGUUAUCUGCGUGUUCAUCGGAAGGAUUGUCUCCAGAAACGGGACCUGCCUUGAUUCGACAACACAUCAGACCUCUUCACUUCUUACCAGACUUCAAGGGGACGCUGUGAUGCUAUCCUCGCCCAGUUAAGAGUUUGUACGCGUGCUUUGGGACAUUCAGCCAUGCUGCAACAGUCAGAGCUCAUCUUUGACUUUGCCAGUGACCACUUUAACAUGUCACAGCUGGGGAGUCUCACAGAUUGCCCUGCGGUGAUUGUAGAGCAGGUUCCACAUUCACACCUGCUCUCAUAUACAGGUCUAGCGUGUGAACAGUCACAGGAUCACCAGCAGCUGGUCAAAGUGGAGCCAUGUGAAAGUGGGGAGGAAGAGACCAUGGAGACGCUUGUCUCUCCUGACUCGUUACUCAACAUGGAGUGCGCUGAUGCCCUCUCCCUGGAACACUACUCGCAGGCCUUCUUACCAUCGCUUGGCGAUGUCAUCACUACUCCUGUUGUGGGGGAGGAGCUUGUGGGAACUGUCAAUCAGUCAGAGUGGUCGUCAUUGCACAGAAACAAGCCUGCGUCGCAGCUGCGGUCCAAAAAGAAAAGCAGGAAACCUCGACAUCGAAGAGCAGAGUCUCCCACGCCAGAAAUUACAGUAAAGAAGGACAAAUACAACAAAGGCGGAAACACCCUUUACCUGUGGCAGUUCCUGAUGGAGUUGCUGCAAGAUAGACAAGUCUGCCCUCGUUACAUCAAAUGGACUAAUCCUCAAGCGGGGAUCUUCAAGCUGGUCAACUCAAAAGCAGUGGCCAGGCUGUGGGGCAAACACAAAAACAAACCAGAUAUGAAUUAUGAGACAAUGGGCAGAGCACUCAGGUACUACUACCAGAGAGGCAUACUGAAUAAGGUUGAAGGCCAGCGCCUCGUUUACCAGUUCACCUCUCUCCCCAAAGACAUGAUUUACAUCACCGAUGGAGAUGGCAUCAAAGAGGAAGAUGACGAGGACCACGAUGACAACAGCGUCAACGACGAAGGCUUGAGCGACGACUCUGACAGUACUGUAUCGUCUAGUGACCAUUCAGCGGAGGAGCAGGAAGAUUCUCAGCCACCACCAAAGAAAUCGUCCCCCGUCUCCGGCCGCGCUCCCGCUUCACAGCGCACCAGGCCCGCUCCCAGGCCCUCAGCUCAGCGCGACACCGUCCUGCGUCCCACCAGCUCCAGUUUGAUCCAGGAACAGCAUCUGCCUAUUGUGUCGGCUGAGAUGCUACGCACGCUCCAGAACCUGCAAAAGGUCCAGUCUCUGAAACCUGCCGGUCAUGCGUCAGUCUUCAAAACGGCUCAGCUGCUGGGGAGUCUGUGCGAGCGGCAGGCCGCUGCCGCUGCCGAGGUGGCCAUAGUGAGAAAAGGUGCGCCGGAGAUGCCCGAGAAAAAGUCACACCCAGGACCAAAAACUCCACAGCUUAUGCCUCUGAUUAGCUCUGACCAAUACAAAUAACAGGUGCCCACUUUCUAUUGAACACACAGAUGCCUGUACACUCCACUGACUCAGGACCACUUACAGGGCUGCACUUUGCUAUGACAAUGCUGAUUUAAAAACAAAGGGACCUUUGAUGUAGAAUAUUAUUUUAGAUCAUAAGUACACAUCAGUGCUUUCUCACAGCGCUGACAGGAACCAAAAUCUCACAGCAGUUUACCUUCUCAGCUUUGAAAUCUGAUCAUUUCGCCUUAUUGUCAUUCUGUGUAGCCCUUUGUUAAACCAACACCAAAGACAGACAUGCACUGGAAUCUCUGGCCUCUCUGCACUGCCUGCAGACACUUUCUCUGCUUGCACUUCAGCUCCAGUGUCCUGGAAGCAAUUAUCUUAUCACCACACUGUGCCCUUCGUCUCUGCCUUUUGCUCUCACUUUCUCCUACAUUGUUUAGUUUUGUGUCUUUAUGCUAUCACGUGCUGAAGCAUUCCUUUGCCUUAAAAGUGGCUUUGCACUAAUGUUUACCUCUGCUGUAUAUUUCUUCUGAAGUGCCUGAAGAUGUCAGUCCAUCCUAUUUCUGGUAAUCAUAAGGGAAAACAUUCCAUAUUGUUAUUGUUAUUAUUGUUGUUGUUGUUUUUUAAGAUUGCUGCAUUUUUUUGUCUGCAUUGUGAAAUGUUGAAAACAAGGGAUCACUGUUAUUUUUUUCAAAGUAGUACUUUAGCACUUGCGCUGUUUAUUUUUUGUUUUUCUACACCGUGGGACUCUUUUUUUCUAUUUUCUUCGUGACAAUCACCAGUGAAGUGGCCUUGUAGCCACCCUGCCUCCUGUAAAAUUAUAGUGCUACUAUUUAUCUUUUCUCUUGUGCACUAGCUAUCCAUAUAUGAGUGCAUAUAUUAAACUCGGAAUCCUCUAUCUGUAUGCGUCUAUUACGCACCGUAGGGCCUCAACAUUAAAACCACUGUGUUGGCUGAAGUGAACAUUGGUAAUUUCAUUACAGUGCAAUGUUUGGCUGGCAUUCACGUGGGUUUAGCAUCGAGCUCAGCAUUGCAGAAGGCGCCAGCAGCGGCAUCUCAGCGCAAAGCAGACCUACAUAUUACCAGGCUGGUGGUUUUAAUGUUUUGGCUGAUCUUUGUGUACUGUAUACCUGUGAAAGCGCCUGACUUGUUCUUUUGAUGCCAUUUUUUCCUUCCCUCAGGUUUAUAAAGCAUUUUUGUGCUGCACAUAUUAUGUACUCUAUGCAAGAAGUAAAAGUGAAAUUGUUAGUUUAUUAUUUUCUCUUUGCCCGGUCUUAGCGUAGGCUCACGAAGCUGGCUUACAAACUUCACCUCACUCCAAAUUUUAAAAAAAAAUGACUGAAAGUUAGGCUGGCUUUCUGAGAGGCUAAACUUGGCAAAGAGAUGCUUAUAAAGUAACUGUGCCUGCAGGGAACUCUUAUGCAGAACUAUUUUCACUUUGUUAAACCAUGUUUGUUUGUUUUGGGUUUUUCUGCCCCUUGCUUUUCAGUAUGUGUCCUGGUAAUGUCUUACCUUAAUAGAUUUGUAAGCUUGUAGCAGAGGGAGAGGUGGAGCUUGUUUUUUUGUUUUUUGUUUUUUUAUGCUGUAUUGUGUUUGCUUUCAUGCAGUCCAGUGAUGUUAAAGCUAAUCGUCUAUUAUAUGAAAUAAAUUUACAUUUGUCAUUGUGUGAAA